AUGGAAGAGCGAGAGGGAAAGCUAUGCUGGUGUGGGCUCCACAGGAGGACAUUCCUGACAGCUGUCCUGCUCCUGCUGCAGGUGAAGUGGGUGAAGACUCUGAAGGGCAACACAAGCCUGGAUGAUGACAGGAGUCAGAAAGAGAAAGAGUUCUCUGUAGACCAGGGCCAAGAGCAGUUCGAAGAACACUUUGUGGCUUCUUCCGUGGGUGAGCUGUGGCAGGCGAUGGAUAUGGCGCAGCAAGAAGACGACGAUACGGUUGCCCAGGCAACAACUCUCCGGGACCACCUCUUUGAUCUAGCCUUCUGCUUCAACCUGGCCAGCAUCAUGGUUUUUUUAUGAGAGACUUUGAGGUGGAGGCAGUAGUCUGGGUCCUGCAGGAGGACUUGGACAUCUACCUUCCCUUCGCGGUUGCCUGCUGACCUCC